GACAGAUAAGGCUCUAGUUUCGAUCUGUCGCUGGAGUUUCGAAAUAUCAGUACAGUAUAUGUCGUUUCUCUUCCUCACAACGAAUUUAAAAAUAAUUAAUCUCAAACAACAAAAUCAAAUCAAAAUUUUAUAUCAGCGUUAUCUUAAAGGAUGUCUACCACAAACGUUGCAGACUUCGAGAUGGAACUCAGGGAUCUUCUUCAGGAAUUUAAUGAGGUUGUUGAAGAACUGGCCGCUCCGUCGCAGAGCAUGCCUUACGCCUUUGAAGAACAGCUCAGCGCGGCUAAACAGCGCUCUGCUCUCAACGAUGGAGUGAGUGACAGCGGCAUUGAAGACGCGGACGAUGGCAGCGAGGCAUCCCACGGAAACAUCUUAAAUGCUAGUAUGGAGGAGCUCAACACUGCAAGUAUGACAGCUGCACAGAAAGCUGCCAAGCUUGGGGACACAUCAGAACUACAGAGCUUCAUCGAGAACCUGGACAAAGAGAUUUCUGAGAUGUGAGCAGAAAAACUGGGAGCCUAGACUAAUAGCAUGCACACGAAUACGUGACGAGAACCAAAAGAGCUUACUGACAACGGGUAUCUGUGGUAUCCUCACACAAGAUAAGCCUGUGUUCCUGUUGGGCAGGAGGUUAAAGGAGUAGUUCACCCAAAAAUGCUAAUGUGGAAUACAGGACCUGGCUAGGACCAGUUAGCAUUACUUUAUUUUAACAAUGCUGACUUAAUAUGCUAACCAUCCUAACUUUUUAGUUUUUAAUUAUUAUUAGAAUUAACUAUAUUACCAUUUUUGAGUGAAAAGAUCCUUAUUGUGACUCUCAAUAUUGGCUUGGACAAGAGCACUCUUGAAAUUGAGCUGAAGUUUUGUCUAUGUUUAGCAUAUUUGACAUUCAGAGUUUCGUAAUGGAAGUAAAUUUGUUGAGUCACAAUUAACAGAAUGAAUAUGGCCAUUUGGAAGUAUGCCAGCUCAAGGUCUCUCAAACAAAGGCCCCUCUUUUUUACCCAUUCAACAACGAUUCAUGACUGAAAAAAGACACUUUUUCCAACAGUAUUGUAGUUCC